UGGCUGAUGCAAUCGCGGAUAAUUCAGUUUUCAGACGGAAGAUUUAAACGAAGAAUGUUCUCCGCUGCAUAAAAUUCCGCUAAAUUCGUCGCGACAAAGAACACCGUGAAAAUAUGGGUCUAUUUUAUACAUCCUGUAGGAGCAAAGUGCGUCUUAUGGGCAAAACUGCAAUCGUAACUGGAGCAAAUAGUGGUAUCGGCAAAGAGACCGCCAGAGAUUUUUAUGGAAGAGGCGCUAGGGUGAUAUUAGCGUGUCGAAACAUGGAAAGAGCCACGGAGGCGCUCGAAGAUAUAACAAACAAUCCACCUUCGGGGAUCGAGAAGACCGAGUACCAGCAAGGAGCAGGUGAGCUCGCAAUUUAUAUCCUGGAUCUGUGCAGUCUCAGGAGCGUCCGGGAUUGCGCCAAGAGUUUGCUGAGGCAGGAAGCUGCCGUUCAUAUACUCGUGAACAACGCCGGCGUCGCCGUGUGCCCGUAUGAGAAAACGGAGGAUGGCCACGAAGUGCAGUUGCAAACGAAUUAUCUCGGCCACUUUCUCCUGACGCUCUUGCUGCUGCCGAAGAUGCAGUCAUCCUUGCCAGGCUACAGGAUCGUCAACGUCUCGUCGAUCAUACACCGUUUUGGCAACAUAUAUUUCGACGAUAUCAAUCUGGAGAAAUCCUACGCAGCGUGGAAGAGCUACAAGCAGAGCAAACUAGCGAACGUUUUGUUCACGAGGGAGCUCGCUCGGCGUUUGGAAGAGGCGGGCAUUCGCGGGAUCAAUGUGUACUCUGUGCAUCCUGGUUACGUACCGACGAAGAUUUCACAGUACAGCAGCAGAACGAUGUUUAACGGUGCGAAAUUUUGUUAUGGGCUCCUUACGCGGAUGGUGACUCGAAAUAUCGAGCAAGGAGCGCAAACAACGAUAUAUUGUUCGGUGGACGAGAGAGCGGCAAACGAAACAGGACUCUAUUAUUCAAAGUGCAGUGUCGCUACUCCGCACCGAAGAACGGGAGAUGUCGAGUUUAUGAAAAAAUUGUGGGACGUGUCCUGUCAGCUUUUGCAUUUGGAGCCUGAAGAAGAUCUUAAUGUAUUCUUAAACACCGUGUCAUGCCAAAUUGCGGAAUGAUUGGAGGGGAAUACGUGUAAAAAACACUGUAAAAUACACGUGCCUAAGUCCAUCGAGUCAUUACUAGUUUAACUUUAAUAUUCCAUCGCUCAU